UCACUUAUCUUGGUUGGUCAAGUCAAGUAUGGGACGGCGUCGCUCCAAGUGGAAGGACAACACGCGCCUGGACCGCGGCAGCCAGUUGCUGCACCAUGCCAAGGCUGGCGACUGCAAGGCGUUGACGGCGCUACUGGAGGAAUCGGAUCAGGAAGCGCAGCACGAGCGCAGCGACUUCUUGCAGCUCACUCAGGACCACAAUGGCUCGACGGCGCUGCACCUCGCGGCCAGUGAAGGCCACGUCGAGAUGGUGCAGACGCUGCUGCAGCUCGGCGCUGGAGAGGUCCAUCUGGGCGGUGGACGCAAGAAAUACGCGCGCACGCCGCUGCAUGAGGCUGCGAUCAAUGGGCACCUGGACGUCUGUCGCCUGCUGGUGGAGUUCGGACUGCUGGUGGACUGUCACACCACGAGAGGACGCACGCCGCUCAUGUACGCGGUGAAGGGCAACUACGUGGAGCUGGCCCGAUACCUUGUGAUGGAGGCGGGCGCCAACGUGAACGAGCAGAACGAGAUGGGCGUCACGGCGGUGUACAUUGCGUGCCAGGACGGACACGAGGACAUGGUGAAGUUCCUGGUGCAAGAAGCGCAGGCAGAUGUGAACCUCAGCAACCGCACCAACCACGUGCCGCUCCAUGAAGCUGUCGCUGGCGGGUUCACGGCUGUGGUGGACUUUAUGCUGCGC